ACCUUGCCAGUUGUUUUUCGGGUAAAUAUUUGACAGCUACAGAAGGAAUCCAUUGAGUUCGGAAACUUAAGCAGCAAUUGAAAAUAGUUUUCUUUUCAGCUUAAAUUUGCCAUAAAUAUAACGAUGCCUCUCCCGUUGAUUGUGCCGAACGCAGUCGAACCGAUGCAGGUCGACGCCCAGCCGGAAGAUAAUGAAAACAAUGAAGAGGACAUGUACAUUGUGGAAAACUCAUCGCUCGACCUGGAAGUGUAUGCAAAUCAGUACACCGGUUUUGCGAAACUACAUCGACUGAUUUAUAUCGCCGAUCAUUGUCCAUCACUGCGCUUGGAAGCGCUCAAAAUGGCCAUCAACUAUGUGACGACGACCUACAAUGUAACACUGUACCAACAUUUGCACAAAAAAUUGGCUGAUUUGUCUGCUGGCAGUACCCUACCGGAUGUGGCCGCUCAAUCAAGUUCACAGGAUAUUCCAAGCUUCGAUACUGCUUGGGUUGAAACAAAGAGUAAGAAGUCUGCGCUCAAACUGGAAAAGCUGGAUUGUGAUUUGAAAAAUUACAAGGCGAAUUCUAUCAAGGAAAGCAUUCGGCGUGGGCAUGACGACCUUGGCGAUCAUCAUUUGAACUGUGGAGAUCUGUCCAAUGCUCUCAAGUGUUACUCCCGAGCGCGUGAUUAUUGCACCAGUGGCAAGCAUGUGGUCAAUAUGUGUCUGAACGUCAUUAAGGUGUCAGUUUAUCUCCAAAAUUGGUCACAUGUGCUGAGCUAUGUGUCCAAAGCAGAGGGAACCACGGAAAUUGCGGAAACCUCCAAGGAUAAAGAUCCGAAUCAAGCGGUAAUUACACGUUUGAAAUGUGCCGCCGGGUUGGCUGAGUUGGCCACUCGGAAAUAUAAGUCUGCGGCUAAGAAUUUUCUCCAGGCUAACUUUGAUCUGUGCGAUUUUCCCGAAAUGAUUUCCACAAAUAAUGUCGCAAUGUAUGGAGGACUUUGUGCGUUGGCCACUUUCGAUAGACAGGAGCUGAAGAAUGUAAUCUCAAGCAGUUCUUUUAAGUUGUUCCUUGAGCUGGAACCACAACUGCGUGACAUCAUCUUUAAAUUUUAUGAAUCCAAAUAUGCGUCUUGCUUAAAGUUGCUUGACGAAAUUAAGGAAAAUCUUCUAUUGGACAUGUACAUAGCUCCCCAUGUUAACGCGCUGUAUAUACAAAUCCGUAACCGUGCUUUGGUUCAGUACUUCAGUCCCUAUCUUUCGGCCGAUAUGCGUAAAAUGGCAACCGCUUUCAAUCGUUCGGUUGGAGCUCUGGAAAACGAACUUAUGCAGCUGAUACUGGAGGGACAAAUUCAAGCACGAAUCGAUUCCCACAACAAGAUACUUUACGCGAAGGAUGCCGAUCACAGAAGCGCCACUUUCGAGAAAGCUAUAAAUGUUGGCAAAGAAUUCCAACGGCGCUCCCGGAUGUUGAUACUGAGAGCAGCUAUGGUUAGGCAUCAUAUUCAUGUGAAGGAUGUAGUCGCAGACAAGAAAAACAAAUCAGCUUUACAAAACAAGCAGUAGAAAUGAUUUAUAUUACUGUUGUUCUGAAUGAUACUUUGUCUCAAAGUGUAAAACUUUAAUGAGUUAAUACAAUUGCUUGAAAUAAUAAUAUAAUCAAGAAUAUGUUUCGUUCCAUAUCGGACUACGAAUGACAAACGGAUUACGACAAUGACCCUACUGAUAAAACGUGACGCAACGGACACUCUUCCACUACAUUCGAACUCGAUUCACUGACAAUUUUCUUCCCCCUAAGCUACAUCACAUUAGAACAGAUAAGCCACAACGAUGUAUUUGA